AGCUCAGGAAAAGUGGCACUUGAGUUCACAACAAGCACAGGCAGCAAGCAGCACAUCAGAGAGAGAUCGAGGAGCAGCCUACCGACAUGCUUCACACAGAGCGAGCAGGAUGAUUUUCUAUCACGAAUAUGGAUUUAUUGCGAUCUACUAGGUUUCAUUCACUUGCUUGCGCMUUGGUCAUCUAUGGUGCACUAACCAUAGGGAUAGAUGGUGCAUCCCCUUUGAAAGCGAGGUCGGCGGCCCCGUUAACGGACCAGUGUUUCCCCAACCCCUGCUACAACCGGGCUAUCUGCCGUAGCCGUGGUGACGGUUACUCUUGUUUCUGCGUCCCGGGGUUCCAGGGUGAGCGCUGCCAGAUCGAGGUGAACGAGUGUGUGUCGCAGCCCUGCAGGAACCGAGCCACCUGCGUAGACAGGGUGGGCAGGUACGCCUGCCUCUGCAGCCCGGGGUUCACAGGUGCCACCUGUGAGGUCCAGAUUAACGAGUGUCAAUCACAGCCCUGCCUCAACGGCGGGAGUUGUCAUGACUACGUCAACGGCUUCUCAUGCACCUGCAUGCCCGGUUUCCAGGGCGACCGCUGUGAAAUCGACGUUGACGAAUGCCAACACCAGCCAUGCCAAAACGGGGCCCUGUGUAUUGAUAGGUUGAAUGGGUACAGCUGCGACUGCUCUCAGACCACCUUCACUGGGCGACACUGUGAAACUGCUGCUCCUCCAUGCACGUCCCAGCCCUGCCUCAACAGCGCCAUCUGUGUGGAGGACAAGGGGAACUACACCUGUGACUGCUGGCCAGGGUUCAAGGGUCGUCAGUGUGAGGUGGAUGUGAGUGAGUGCAGCAGCAACCCCUGUCUGUACAGGGGACGCUGUAUAGAGCUGUCCUGGCAGAGCCUGUAUGGUUCAGAGUCUCUGCUUCCAGACCACUACGACCCACAGCAAGCUGCAGGCUUCAUAUGCAGCUGCCCACCAGGAACCACAGGUACUCUUUGUGAGGAGGUAGUGGACGCGUGCGACCCCAGCCCUUGUGAGAACGGGGGUCAGUGUGAGAGCCUUGUGGGGAGCUAUGUGUGCCACUGCUCUCUGCAGAACCACGAUGAGUUCCUGUACGGGGGACAGAACUGCAGCGAGGCUAUGGUGGGCUGUGAGGGCCACGAGUGUCAGAACCAGGGCUCGUGUUCUCCCUUCCUGAGCGACGGUCAUCAUGGCUACUCCUGCCUCUGCCCCCCGGGCCUCACCGGGCCUCUUUGCCAGACCCCCACAGCCUUCUCCUUCGAGCGGAAAGGCUAUUUGCUGUUGCAGAGCCCACUGGUGGCCGCGGAGGCCUCAUGCAACAUCACCCUGAGCUUCCGGACAGUGCUGCCCAGGGCCGUGCUCUUCCAGCGGGGCAGUGGAGGGCUGGUCCUGGGUCUGGAGCUACUGGGGGGCCAGCUGACACUCAGCCUGAGGAGGGAGGCCUUGGCUGGGGGUGGGGAAGAGGGAGAGGCCCUGCAGCUUAGGCAGACCCUGGAGCUCCCCCUUAACGUGACUGAUGGGGAGUGGCACUCUGUGAAAGCCGUGCUGGAGGACGGCCUGCUCAGCCUCAGGCUCCUGGAUGGUGGGGUCUGUCAGGAGCAGGACUGUGAGAGCGAAGCCCGGGUCGAUGGCACCCUGGCUGGGGUGGACUUUCCAGAGUCUCCCCUCCAGAACACUUUCAUCGGCGGGGUGGUGGAGGCAGGCGCCGCCCUGGUCCCAGUCCCGGCUUUCAUUGGCUGUCUGCGGGACGUGUUUGUGGACUCCCAGCUGGUGGUUCCGGAGGAGUGGCUGAGCGACUCGGCAGUGAACGUGACUGCAGGCUGCAGCCACAGGGACCGAUGCCAGGACAGCCCCUGUGAGAACAGAGGACAGUGCAUCAACCUGUGGCAGAGCUACCAGUGCCGGUGCCCCCGGCCAUACGAAGGUCACGACUGUGCUGAGGAGUACGUGGCGGCCCGCUUCGGCAACAAGGACUCUCAGAGCUAUGCCGUCUUCACCAUCACAGACAACCCAGGAAGUGACAUCACUGUCUCCCUUUUCCUGCGCACACGUCGCCACGCUGGCCUCUUAUUGGUGCUCGUCAACAGCACCAGCCAAUACCUGCGCCUGUGGCUGGACAAGGGACGGGUCAGAGUUCAGCUCCAUAACUUUGAGACCUUGACCAGUGAGAGUGUGGUUAACGACGGGGACAUCCACUUUGUGAGCGUGGUGGUGGACCGUGAGCAUAUGGUCCUGUAUGUAGCCAACCAGAAGCAGGGCUCGGUGGAGGUCAGGACGGUGGACAGUCAAAUGGGAGAUGUCGUGUAUGUUGGGGGUCUGGCGGAGCAGAAGGCGUCAGCAGCGUUCGGGGGCUACUUUAAAGGCUGUAUACAGGACCUGAGGAUCAACGGAGAGAGACUGCAAUUCUUCAGGCUGGACACCCCGGUGACGUCAUAUCCUGUCGAGCUCAUGGCUAACGUCAUAGCGGGCUGCACUGGGGAUGAUUCCUGUAGUAGGAACCCGUGUCAGAACGGAGGGAUGUGCUACUCCAUGUGGGACGACUUCACUUGCACCUGCCCCCCCAACACUGCAGGGCGGCGCUGUGAGGAGGUCAAGUGGUGUGAGCUGUCUCCCUGCCCCGCACGGGCAGAGUGUCACAUCCUCAGCCAGGGAUACGAGUGCUUUUCAAACGCCACUUUCCUUGACGACAGCAGUGUGCUGUCUUACCGCGGUAACGGCCGUAUCCAACGCAGCCUGGCCAGCAUCUCCCUCAGCAUGCGCACCCGUAAACGCCACGCCGCCAUCUUGCACGCUGAGAGUGGGCCGGAGUUUGUGACGGUGUCUGUGCAGGAUGGCCUUCUCUUCCUUGAGCUCCAGAGCGGGGUGUGGGAGGGCUCCUCCACAGUGUCCCUCAGCAGCCGGAGGAGGGUCAGCGACGGGGAGUGGCACAGCGUCCACCUCUUCAUGGUCACCCCCUGGGCAGAGGCAUCCCGCUGGACCAUGGUGCUGGAUGAGGAGGCGGAGGAGGCAGGGACCUCCAGCAGCGAAGGAGGCAACCUGGACUUCCUCAGGGAGGAGGUGGACAUCCUGCUGGGGGGGCUGGGGCCCGAGGCUGGCUGGAGCCUAGUGGGGUGCCUGGGCACCGUGGAGGUGGGGGGCAUCGCCCUGCCUUACUAUAGCCCUUCAGAGGUCAACCUUCCCCGGACUCAGGAGGAGCAGUUCCUGCGGACAUCCCCCAGCCCGCCCAGGGGCGGGUGCAGUGGAGGCCCGGUGUGCCAGCCCAGCCCGUGUGUGAACAGAGGCAGCUGCCAGGACCUCUGGAACCUGUUCAACUGUAGCUGUGACGAGGGCUGGGCCGGACGCCGUUGUGAGCUCAACACAGACACCUGCGCCUCCAACCCCUGUAUCCAUGGCAACUGUAGCGUUCAGGGGCUGGCAUACAAGUGUUCCUGUGAGUUUGGCUACACUGGUAUGAACUGUGAGGAGGAGGUGGAUGUGUGUGAGAACCAUCUAUGUGCUCAUGGAGGGACGUGUCUACAUGGAGUGAACAAGUAUGCCUGUCUGUGUGCUGAGAACUACACCGGACCUUACUGCAAUGAUCGUGUUGAGGAAAUUCCAUGGUACAUGUAGUCAACAG